AUGAUGAUAAUACUUUUAGUGAUCAGGGCGAUUGGUACGUUUCCUAAUCCUUAAUUCAAUAAAGAAUUAGAAAUUUCAUUGUACCCAACAGUUGGAGAAUUUUAUCAAUACAAUUUGUUUUUAGAAAAAGACUCAUAAUUCAUAUGUGAAAUUAAUCCGAAAAUUUAAAAUAUACAAGUAAUCAAUUAAUGCGAUAAAAUAUUCGAAAAAAAAGGAGAUUGUAAAAUGUUUAGUAUAUGAUAAUAGAAUUUAAAUCAAUUUCAUCAAAUAAUACACAUUUUGGUACUUUGUCAAAUGAUAAUGAAGUAAUUAUAUAUGAGUGGAAGAAUUAAAUGAUUCAACAAGUUGGUUUGUCAACUAUGAAAAUUGAUUCUUAAUAUAAUUGUUUCAAUAUCAAUUUAUCUUUAGGUUUUACAAUUUUGGUAGAUUGCUAUUACAACAAUGAGUUCUUUUUAUUUCAAUUAAUAGAUGCAUAAGCAAUAGUUGCUUAUUCAAUAACAUCUUCUUUACCAAAUUAAACUAAAAUAUAAUCAAUAGUAAAUAGUACAAAUAAUUUUAUUGUAUAUGCAUAAUAUUUUAUGAAGUAUUCAAUACUUUCCCUAUUUUCAUCAUAAUUUUAAAAUUUAAGUAGCAUAAAUAGGGAAUUGAUUGUCGAUUUUGAUAUCCCCAUUACAAUAAGUCCAAAUAUUUAUGCAAUUACUUCCAAUAAAAUUUUCUAGUUAUCAAUAUCUCCAGAUUCUCAAUUUUAUUAAAAAAGUGAAAAAUUGACCAUCCCGGAAGAUGAUGGUAAUUUUAAAACUAUUAAUGCUUUUUACAAUCUAUGGAGUUAUUCUUAAUGUGAUCAUCUAUAGUUGUCAUAUUUGUUAAAAUAAGAAAUAUGGACAGCUUAAUACUAGGGAUGUGAAAAUUCUAUAUAAAAGAUAAAAAAAGAUCAGACUUUAUAUGGUCACCCCAUUAAAGAAAUACUCUAAAAUGACUAAUUUAUAAUAUAUUAAUCCAUCGAUACAAUAUUUAUUAACUAAUCAAACGCAUAAUAAGAAGAUUUUAAAUAUCAUCUAAAAAUUCAAAAUAAUUCCCUAUUAUAUUUGAAUUCUGAUAAUGAAUUAUUUGCAUUUAAUAAAGAUAUCAUAGUUUAUAAAAUUGCAUACUCAAAUUUAUAAAUUAACUUAACAAACCAAGAAAAUGUAGGAUACAAUUGUACUUUUUAACUUAUAUGUCAAAAUUUAGGAUUCAACCGUCUCAUUUACAAUUACUAUAAAUUUAAUCUUUAAGUAUUAUCUUAGAAUGAUACAAAUAUAUAUGUAAUGUUUCAUUAAGAUUUCAGAUAGUAUUAAACUUUGUUUGAAUAUAACACUAUCACUUAUUUUAAUAGUUUUUCAGGGCAAUUAUUAAAUUAUACACAAAACUAAGAUGAAGACUAUUUUAAAUGUUUAUAAAUAACUUUUUAAAAAGUUGGUGAAACUAAUUAAAAUUAUUAAUUGGUAUCAUUUCUUUCAAUAUAUUAAAUAAAUUAAAAUAAUUAAUAAAUAAGAUAUCCUGAAGAUUAAAAACAAUUUUUAAUAGGAUAUGAUAAUGAGACACUUAAUCUAUUUUCUUACAUUUACUCGAUCAAAAAUCAUUCAUACCAAUACUCUGAAUCAAUUUCAAUUAACUUCUCUGAAAAUGUAAGUUCUUUAUAAGUGGCCUAUAGUAUUUAUCCUCCAAUAAUCAUAAUUGGACUAGGUUCAAAUGAUACAAUCUAUUUAUUUUAAUUCUAGUAUGAAUAAAAUCUUACAAUUACUGAAUCAAAAAAUACUUUUGAAGAAUCAUUCUCAGAUUUUUUAGUAACCUACAAUAGUAUCAUACUUUUAAUUCCGCAUAAAAAAAUUCAAAUAUUAACAUUUAAUUAUAUAAGUACCUUUACUUUAAAUUAAUAGUCAAUAAAUAAAAUGUUUAAAAACAUUUAGUUCAAUCCUAUAUAAAUAGUCAUGAAUAUAUAAUAAUAAUCAUCUUUUUUAUACAUAAAUAAUAUUAAUGAAGUCAUCAUAAUAUCAAUUGAUUAAAAUAGUUUUCCAACACCAAUUACAGUUAUUUAUGUCAAUUUCAAAAUCAAAUAAAUAAAUUUAGUAAGCGAAUAAUUAAUAUUUUCAUAUCUAUGUAAUAAUCGCAAGAAUAUUUGCUUUUAAGUUUGGAAUGUGUAAUAUUUACCAAAAUACUUUUAUGUAAUGAAUCUACAUUGUGUAAAUUUUGAUGUUAACAUAAGAAUAUAAUCUGAUAACUCGUUCUUCUAUAUUACUUUUAGCAAUUACACUGUUUAUGUUUAUAAUCCUCAUAUUCCAUAUCAUAUGAGUUUAUAUUAUGAAUUACAAUUAAGUUCUCAGAUAUAGAGUAGCGAGUAAUUUUAACUUACAAUAGAAAACUAAAUUUUUAAAGAUUCAAUAAUAAUUUAUAACAAUAAUUUGUAUUUACUUCGUGAUUUUUAAUAUGUAAAUCUGACUUUUUAAUAGUAAAACUAAGCCUUUAAUAAUUCUAUUAAUUACCCUUACUUUAUUUAUAACUAUACUGUAACUUCAGCAUUAAAUGACACAGCCUUUUAGUAAACUCCAAAUUAAAGUCUUACUUUCUAUUCAAACUUAACAAUAAUAUAGAACUUAACUAGUUUAUUCGUCGAUAUAACCCCAAAUAAUCUAGUCCCUCAAUCUAAAAAUUUCACUUAUCCAAUGAAUUUAUUUCUUGAUAGAUAAAUAGGAUCAUGUUAACUAAAUAACCUGUAUUAAUAAAACAGGUAUUGUAGUAUAACUUAAAUUUCAAAUUAAUCGAGUAGCAUCCCGAAUAUUCAUAAUUACUAUUUAAUUACUUCAUUAAAUAACGAAUUUUUUGCUUUACAGAAUAACAUUUCAAUUUAAACUGUAAAUAGUGAUUUAACUAAUAAAUUUAAUUUUACCUAUUCAGAUCAAAAUUUUAUUUAAUGUUCAUAAACAACAUCAUAAAAUUACUCAUUAUAUUCCCUUUGUUCAAAUUAGACAUCUGAAUAUUUACUUAACUUUACAUUAAGUCCCCAAGGUGAAAUAAUUAAUCUUAAUAUUACAUAACUUCCUCAACUGUUUGAAGUUGUUUCAAAAAUGAGCAUCAUUUUAAACUAAAUUUUUAUUCAAGGUAUUUUACAUAAAUCAUCAUCAUAAUAAUUGUAUUGGUUUAACUAAUCCAAUAACACUUUUUAAAGUAUAUCUAAUGGUAGUUUGGAUUUCUCUGUAGAAUAAAUACAACAAAAGACAUUUGAUUAUAAUUAAUCACAAUAAAUAAUUAUUUUCAAUGUUUAUCAAUCCUAAGUAAAUUAUACACUUAUGAGAAUUGAUGAUUAAAGAAUCCAAUUACAAGAGGCUAUUAAUGUUAAACUCUAUUAUUGCAAUCAAUUAUCAAUUUGCUAAGUGGUUGAAUCAGAAGGAUAUAACUAAGUUCUCAUUAUUUAAAUAUAGUAUAGCCGUGCAAUAAUACUCAUAACUACUAAUUACUUAAGCUACAUAACUAUUAUAAGAAUUAUUAAAUAUUAGAUCUAGAGUGAAAAUCAAUUAGUAGGCAGGAUUAUGAGAAGUAUUCCGAAUUAUGGUUCUUAUGAUAAUAGAGUGAAUUCUUUAUAUUAAAAUGGGGUUUUAUUACAACAAUUUUAUACAAUUCUAAAUAAUUCUUCUUAUAUAAUUGGAGCUUAUUUUUUGAAUAAUCUUUUAAUUGAAAAUUUGUUAGAACCUAUUUUGAUGUAUGGUUCGUUUAAUGCUUCAAACUUGUCUUAUGCAAUGAUUGUAAAUUAAGAAUAUCAACAUGCAACAACCCUUUUUUUUUUUAACUAAUCUAUAUAUAAUUACUCUUUAAGUACCUGGAAUGUAUCCUGCCUUCUUUAUAAUGAUAUGAUAAAUGUUUCAAUAUUUUGUUAGAACAAUUUUUCAAAUGGUACAUACUUUAUUACAUUUAAUCUACCUCCAGAUUUUCGAAUUAACUUUGGCCCAUCAGCAUAUGCUCUUUUUUCACUAAUUUUUUUACUGCUCUUAUAUUUUUACAUUAAAUUUAAAGAAAAAACAAGGAAUUUAGAGAAUAUUAAUUCAGAAAUAGAAUUAUGA